CCCCAUCCUUGGCCCUUUCUGUCAAUCAAAAGGUCCAACUGGAGCAAAGAGACGCCUCCUGCGUCCGGCUCUGAACAGCCCCACCAUUUCCUGCUUGUGUUGGUCCCCGUGAGUGUUUCAAAACUGUUUCUCCAACGCUUUUUCCAGAAACUAAGACUGUUUUCCAAAGCAGAAACAGCACAGACCUCCCAGACUGAGGUGAUGGGAAGUGUGCGGGCCAACCGCUACAGCAUUGUGUCAUCAGAGGAGGACGGAAUGAAGUUGGCCACUGCUGCGGUGCCAAAUGGGUACGGUAACGGGAAGAGCAAGGUUCUCACCCGUCACCAAACCCAGAGCAGGUUUGUCAAGAAAGAUGGACACUGCAACGUGCAGUUCAUCAACGUAAGCGAGAAGAGCCAGCGAUACCUGGCCGACAUCUUCACCACGUGCGUUGACAUUCGUUGGCGGUGGAUGUUCGUUAUCUUCUGCUUGGCUUUUCUGCUGUCGUGGCUAUUUUUUGGAUGUAUCUUCUGGCUGGUCGCAAUAUUCCACGGAGACCUGGAGAACGGCAGUCCCAAAUGCGUCUCCAACGUCAGCACCUUCACGGCUGCCUUUCUCUUCUCCAUCGAGACGCAGACCACCAUCGGCUAUGGCUAUCGCUAUGUUACAGACGAGUGUCCCAUCGCGGUGUUCAUGGUUGUGUUUCAGAGCAUAGUCGGCUGCAUCAUCGACGCCUUCAUCAUUGGUGCUGUCAUGGCUAAGAUGGCAAAGCCCAAGAAGAGGAACGAGACGCUGGUGUUCAGCCACAAUGCUACGAUGGCCAUGAGGGACAAUAAGCUGUGUCUGAUGUGGAGGGUGGGCAACUUGCGCAAAAGCCACCUGGUAGAAGCCCACGUUCGGGCUCAGCUCCUCAGAUCUCGCACCACGGCCGAGGGAGAGUUCAUCCCUCUGGACCAGAUGGACAUCGACGUGGGCUUUGACAGUGGCAUUGACCGCAUCUUCUUGGUGUCACCAAUCACCAUCGUCCAUGAGAUCGACGAGGACAGCCCUUUCUAUGACAUGAGCAAACAAGAACUGGAGAACUCGGACUUUGAAAUCGUGGUUAUCCUGGAGGGCAUGGUGGAGGCCACGGCCAUGACCACCCAGUGCCGUAGCUCCUACGUGGCCAGCGAGGUCCUGUGGGGACACCGCUUUGAGCCCGUCCUCUUUGAGGAGAAAAACUAUUACAAAGUAGACUACUCUCGCUUUCACAAGACCUACGAAGUCCCCAGCACCCCGUUGUGCAGCGCGAGGGACCUUGCUGAGAAAAAAUAUAUCCUAUCCAACUCAAAUUCUUUUUGCUAUGAGAAUGAGGUGGCCCUUUCAAACAAAGACGAGAAAGAGGAAGGGAACGGGGACAGCCUGGGCCCUGGCGGGACGAACACGGACACUAGCUCAGACUCUGACCACAGCCAGGCCACCGUUCCCUUAGAACCGCGGCCUCUACGGCGGGAAUCCGAAAUAUGACUGUGCAGAUCUAACGGGAAGGUUUAACAGACACCUCUUCAUACAGGCACAUUGAGCUGAACUGAGCCCCUCGGCGAGGCAGACUCGAACGGUACAGUUGCGAGGAGGGAUCGACAGAGAAACUGUACAAGUGUGUUCUUACGAAUAUGCAUGGUUAAAUAAAACACAGCAUAGAGGCACUGCACAGCUAAUGAAGAAUGCACAUCAAGGGAGGAGAAGAGAGAGUUUCCCAAUUAGGCGACACUACCUUUUUAGACCGUUGCUUCUGAAUGACAUGAAGCAGAGAGGUUUGUAACUGGUUGGCAAAACUUGAAAAUGAGCAGGCAUGUGUCCAUGUGCAGUUGUCCAACAAUGUAAGAACAGUUCAGACCAAUUUAGUGGACUGAUGCUGCUACCAAAGUUGAUAAUAUCAUUAUUUGUCGGUAUAGAAAAUUUACAAGCAGAUAUUUUGUUCUGUCAAUUUAAUUAGUUCAUUGAAAUAACACUAUACAAAUGAGGGGAAAAAAAACACAGCGAAGAGUGUUAGUCAAUGUCUUAAGUAUCAUUAAAAAGUCCUGUUCCUACCAUCUAGUUAAUUAUUCCAUUAUCCCCUCUUUCCCUUUUCUAUUUGAGUCCGCUUUGUGUGAGCCACGGGUAUUUCUGGAACAGACUUGCGGGGGGCUUAGGUGGGGGACCUCUAUUUGGGAAAAUAGACAACUCAGUGAAUGUUCUUCAUCUUUUUUUAGAAGAAACAUGAAGUUGGAAGCCCUCCGCAGUACAUUUCAGGUUAUCUGAAACAAAAAAACGCACAGGACCAUGCCUGUUUAUUGCGAUAUAUAACGGACAGGGUCUUUAGAUCAGUAUCAGAAUGAGAAUCACAGUCGUCAUGUCCACAGGGACAAAGAGAGUGAACGUGUUAAUGAAUGUCUUUCUACAAGUGCUGCUAUGUUGCAUAUUAUAUAGAGUUUUAGACUUAAACCAAAGAGUAUUCAAAAUGAUCUUUCAAAAAGAAUGCAUCAAAUUAUUUUAUUAGACGUAGGACAAUAGGACAAGUCAUGACGUGGAGUAAAAAUAUAUAUAUUUGUAAGUGAAAAUAAAUGUUUUUUCUGUUUGCUUACGCACAUAUAUGGUUUAUUUUUCUUAAUUAUUUUCUUAUUCUAAGCCAAAUAAAGACUAUGAAUAGCAAAGCCCAUUGAAAAUAAGACAGCUACAGGUUAGCUUACCUUAUUUUCAAACCGCUACUCCCACCUUUUCAUCCCUUAACUUCAGUGUUACUCUAGUUUAGUGCUACAUACAGUAAGUGUUUGGGUUGGAAAAUGUUGCUAGUUGAAAACCUUCAGAUUUGAGGUUCUAGGGUUUAGGGUUUUAUUGCAAAGACACGGGACAGAAAACAGAAUCCACUCUCCCUUCAGACUUUAAACCUCUCUAAUAAUUGAUUAUUUCUCAAUCAACUCUAACCUCUCGUCUUGCCUGACAAACUGCAAUACAACCCUAAUGACUUGUUUGGCAGGUGUACCAAGAACUGUAGGACUGGGUAAUUAGACUGAGAUCAUGGUACUAUGAUCCAAUGACAAUCAGAGCACAGAAUCUGAGCUCAGAACCGCACUUGCACACAAAAUGUGCUCCUGAGAUAUCACUUGACGUUUGAUUGUGAUGUCUAACUUGAUGUCUUCUCUCACCUUCGCUUUUUAAAAACCUGAAGUAACCCAAAACAGCCACUAGAGCACGUUCUCUGGAAAGCUCUAUAAAAGGAGACAAUAAAAUGAUAGGAUAUUUAUUUUGAAAUUACUGCACGUUAUAUGGCUGUGUUCAACAUACAAAAGAGUAUAAAUCGCAACUUUUCCUUUUCUUGACGUCAUAUUUCAAAAUAAACUCAAGAUGAACAGCCAAUUAUGCAGUCGAACUAGUUUACACUGGUCUACUGUUGGCUCGUUCGAAGAAAACGCUCCUUUUAACGACUGUGGGUCUAUGGGCAGCAUUUAUUUCUCUUUGUUGUAAAUAUCCCCGUACUUUUUGCAGUUGCUUUUGUACCAGUCUUCCCUAUUGUACUGAAAGAAAACAAUGGAAUGUACAGAUUUUUAUAUUAUGAUAAAUAUUAUUGUUGUUCUUAUUAUAAUAAUUAUUAUUAUUAUUGUAAUUAUUAUUGUACAUGCUAUUUUAUUUCUUUUUUCAAUAAAACGAGAUUGAAUGGACAAA